AAUAAAUCUUAGUGAUCAAACAUAAUCUAAUUAUUUUAUCAAAAUUAUCUUUGGCUCAAUUAUCAAUCGGAAUCGAGAUCCGAAAAAUUAUCAAAAUCAUACCACCAUCAAGAAAUAAUUUACUUCUAACAAAUUAACUUACUUGGACAUUAAUUUUUCAACGAAUAAAUUUUCUUUUUUGCUAAACCGCUCAACGUUAAAAACUAUAUAAAAAUGUUUGAAUUAAUACAAACUUUAAUGAAUACGGUGACUACCGCUGGUGUAGUAUCGCCACCAUCAUCACUAUCAAAAUCCAAUACAAUAUGGCCAAUGGGUCAAUCCAAACCGAUAAUCAACGAAUCGACAAAACGACAAUCAUGUGAUAAUCUACCUGAAUAUACAUUAGCUGAAGUUAGUGAACAUUGGCAAACCAAUGAUUGUUGGGUUGUUGUCGAAGAUCUUGUUUAUGAUAUAACCGAAUUUGUUGAUGAACAUCCUGGUGGACAAUAUAUUGUUAUGGAACAUGCUGGUCGUGAUGCUACAUUAGUUUUCCGUGGUAGCCGCCAUAGUCAAGAUGCAUAUAAUAUGCUCGAUAAAUAUCUUAUCGGUAUUCUAGUCGAGAAUGAACGUAUAUGCUGGAGCCGUAGUCGUUCAAAUACAAAUGGCAGUAGUAGCAGCAGUAGUCUUUAUGGAAGUUCACCACAACCAUCAAAAAGUUUAUAGCCCAUUUAAUCAUCAUCAUCCUCAUCAUCAUCAUUAUUAUUAUUAUUUAGGUUCGAAUCAAAAAGCUUCACCUAUAUAAACAUCAUCAUCAUUAUGUUAAAUAUAUUGGCUUCA